AUGCCUCCCCCUUUCCGAUCCCUUGCCCGGUCCUCAGCAUCAACUUCUCUUGGGCAGUGCCCUCCCUGUUUUCCUCUCCCUUUCUCCCUGUCCUCCUCUCCCUUUCCCCCUGUCCUCCUCUCCCUUUCCCCCUGUCCUCCUCUCCCUUUCCCCCUGUCCUCCUCUCCCUUUCCCCCUGUCCUCCUCUCCAUUUCCCCCUGUCCUCCUCUCCCUUUCCCCCUGUCCUCCUCUCCCUUUCCCCCUGUCCUCCUCUCCCUUUCCCCCUGUCCUCCUCUCCCUUUCCCCCUGUCCUCCUCUCCCUUUCCCCCUGUCCUCCUCUCCCUUUCCCCCUGUCCUCCUCUCCCUUUCCCCCUGUCCUCCUCUCCCUUUCCCCCUGUCCUCCUCUCCCUUUCCCCCUGUCCUCCUCUCCCUUUCCCCCUGUCCUUCUCUCCCUUUCCCCCUGUCCUCCUCUCCCUUUCCCCCUGUCCUCCUCUCCCUUUCCCCCUGUCCUCCUCUCCCUUUCCCCCUGUCCUCCUCUCCCUUUCCCCCUGUCCUCCUCUCCCUUUCCCCCUGUCCUCCUCUCCCUUUCCCCCUGUCCUCCUCUCCCUUUCCCCCUGUCCUCCUCUCCCUUUCCCCCUGUCCUCCUCUCCCUUUCCCCCUGUCCUCCUCUCCCUUUCCCCCUGUCCUCCUCUCCCUUUCCCCCAGUCCUCCUCUCCAUUUCCCCCUGUCCUUCUCUCCCUUUCCCCCUGUCCUUCUCUCCCACCUUUCCUCCCCCUCUCUCACAUCCCUUCCCUUUCCUACUGUCCUCUCCCACCAUUCACGCUUCUCUCAGCCAUCCCUUUCCCCCCUCCCCUGCCCCUCGCCUUUCCCCACUACCGUCCCUUCCCUUUCCACUACCUUCACCAAUAG